AUGGCUUCCACUGCCCAGUUUUUGUCUAUACCAGCUAGUCAACCUAAGCUAUGGCAGGCUGAUCUCUAUUCCUGGAAGAGGUACCACUCUAGCAGCCCAGAUGUAGCACACAAAGGCUGGCAGAAAUGGGGUGGACCUCAUCCUGACUGGUACGCAAAGAAAUCUUCCUCACAGCACCCGGACUGGUUCAACAGGAACAUCAACACCAUCAGAAGAUCUGACUACAAGAAGGUUAACUGGCAUUAUGAACGCCCCUCAAAGCCUACAAGUCGAUCACAUGAUGACUUCAUAUCCUACACAAAUGAGGUGAUGCAGAAGGAUGUUCUACACCCUAUGCCCCAUAACAAGUCCUAUCAGGGAAGAUUCACCUUCAAACAGCCAUACCCCAUGGAAAUUCCCAUGCCUAAAUGGGGCCUGUAUAACCCGCCUCACUAUGAGGAGCCAAUCAGAGUCGACCAUUUCCCACCAAUCAAAUAUGAUGGAUAUAAAUGAUAGGAAAAAAAAAGCAAGAGGUUUUGACAAUUAUUACUCUGUGUUGUAAGGAAGCAGGUUAUUUAUGAUCAGAUAUCAAAAUGGCGUCUGAUUUUGUCAAUGUUUGCAAGUAUGAUAUUUAAUCAUUGUCAACCUGCUAGCCUUUGAUAGUUUUUGUUAGGUUAAGUAAUCGUAAAUAAUGUUCAGAUCAUCAUCUAAGUUAAAUCAUUCUAUGGUGAUUAAAAUAAACAGAUGAAUUUAUAUUAGAUAAAGAAACAUUGUCAAAGAAUAAAAAUUGAAAUAUUUGAAUGUCUGUUAAUUUUCAUCACAGAAAUUAGGUA